AGACAUAGGGUACACGGAAACGAUUCGUGUUCAACGAAGUUGUCGUUGUAUUAUAUAUAUUUUUUCUCUAAGAAUGGAGGACGGAAUUCUUGCUGCACAGAUGAAGGAGUUACAAGUCGAAGAGGGGAAAAAGGAUGGAAAUUUCAAAGAUGGAGGGAAGAAAAAGAACAAAAAUGCAUCAGCAGACUCGGGUGGCAGAGCAGAGCUCAGUCCUCCACCGCAGUACGUUGAGGAGCGCUUAGCGCUGUACAUCAGGCUGAAAGCUGAACACGAUGCCCUGCUGGCAGAGCGGGCAGAGAAGGACAGCCAGCUUAUCAAAAUCACCCUGCCUGAUGGCAAGGUGGUGGCUGGAGAGUCAUGGAAGACCACCCCUUACCAAGUAGCUUGUGGGAUCAGCCAAGGGCUUGCUGACAACACUGUGAUUGCCAAGGUGAACAAUGCUGUAUGGGAUCUGGACAGACCUUUAGAGAGCGACUGCAGUCUGGAGCUGCUGAAAUUCGAUGACGAAGCGGCCCAAGCUGUAUACUGGCACUCCAGUGCACACAUUAUGGGUGAAGCUAUGGAGAGAGUGUAUGGGGGCUGUCUAUGCUAUGGACCACCCAUUGAGAAUGGCUUUUAUUAUGACAUGUUUCUGGAAAAUGACUGUGUUUCAAGCAAUGACUUCACCUGUCUGGAGAGCUUGUGUAAAAAGAUCAUCAAGGAGAAGCAGCCGUUUGAAAGGCUUGAGAUAAAAAAGGAGACUCUUCUGGAGAUGUUCAAGUACAACAAAUUUAAGUGUAGGAUUCUGAACGAAAAAGUAACUACCCCAACGACCACAGUUUACAGGUGUGGUCCUUUGAUUGACCUGUGCCGAGGCCCUCAUGUGCGACACACUGGAAAGAUAAAGGCAUUGAAGAUACAUAAGAACUCUUCGACAUACUGGGAGGGCAAGGCGGAUAUGGAGACUCUCCAGAGAGUGUAUGGAAUCUCAUUCCCAGAUCCCAAGAUGCUGAAAGAGUGGGAAAAAUUCCAGGAGGAAGCAAAGAACAGGGAUCAUCGGAAACUGGGCCGGGACCAGGACUUGUUUUUCUUCCAUGAUUUGAGCCCUGGUAGCUGUUUCUUCCUCCCUAAAGGAGCAUACAUUUACAACACCCUGGUGGAGUUUAUCAGGAGCGAAUACAGGAAGAGAGGGUUCCAGGAAGUGGUUACGCCGAACAUUUACAACAGCAAGCUGUGGCAAACAUCAGGACACUGGCAGCAUUACAGUGAGAACAUGUUCUCCUUUGAAGUGGAGAAGGAGACAUUUGCGCUCAAACCGAUGAAUUGCCCUGGACACUGUCUGAUGUUUGACCAUCGGCCCCGUUCGUGGAGGGAGCUGCCCCUGCGGCUGGCGGACUUUGGUGUUCUGCACCGGAACGAGCUGUCAGGGGCACUCACAGGCCUGACCCGCGUCCGUCGCUUCCAGCAGGAUGACGCCCACAUCUUCUGCUCCAUGGACCAGAUCGAGGCGGAGAUUAAGGGCUGUCUGGAUUUCCUUCGCACAGUAUACAAUGUCUUUGGUUUCACCUUCAAACUGAAUCUUUCCACACGACCAGAGAAGUUUUUGGGGGAGCCAGAGGUGUGGGAUCGAGCAGAGAAGCAACUGGAGAACAGCCUGAAUGACUUUGGGGAGAAGUGGGUGCUUAACCCAGGCGAUGGCGCUUUCUACGGCCCAAAGAUCGAUAUUCAGAUCAAAGACGCUAUUGGCCGUUAUCACCAGUGCGCUACAAUCCAGCUGGACUUUCAACUCCCCAUUCGCUUCAAUCUCACCUUUGUCAGCCAUGACGGAGAUGAUAAAAAGAGACCUGUGAUCAUUCAUAGAGCAAUCCUGGGGUCUGUGGAGAGAAUGAUCGCCAUCCUCACCGAAAACUAUGGUGGAAAGUGGCCUCUCUGGCUCUCCCCUCGCCAGGUCAUGGUCGUCCCUGUUGGACCCACGUGUGACGAGUAUGCUCAGAGGGUGCAGCAGGAGUUCCAUAAUGCUGGUCUGAUGACAGAUGUUGACCUGGACCCUGGCUGCACGCUCAACAAAAAGAUCCGUAAUGCCCAGCUGUCUCAGUACAAUUUUAUCCUGGUGGUGGGAGAAAAGGAGAAGAGCAGUGACACAGUGAACGUGCGGACCCGUGACAACAAGGUACAUGGAGAACGGAGCCUCGCAGAGUGCAUGGAGCGCUUGAAACAGCUGAAGGCCUCCAGGACCCGUAAUGCUGAGGAGGACUUCUGAGAUUCCCAAAUAUUCCUCAAGUUGUCCUUAUAUGCUGGUCCCAGUGUUACUGAGUAACAUUUCUCACCCUGUUAAAAAAGAAUCUAUAAGAUACCCCUUGUUGUCUAGGUGCUUCUUUUUGUUUGGGUUAGUUUUCAGUCAUAACUGUCAUAAUUCAUGUCAUUUUUACCUGGUAAGAGGAUAAUCCCAUUGACUAUCAGAAAUCUUAGCAAUGUGGAAGUAAUAGCUCUUGAACUAAUCACAUUUCUCUUGAUCUUCAGACUUUUUUCUCAAUAUUAAAUUUUUGAUGAUCAUCGAUAUUUGUAACUCAGAAAAAGUAAGAUCCAUGAGAAGACGUUCGGCACAAAAAAUGAUAAAUGAUUCUGGUGACUUGUCAAAUAAAUAGACAAAUAUGCCUA